CGCACGAGUCUCGACUCGCGCGUCUCAACCGUCUCAAACUUUCGGAACCAUGGCUUCCUUCGUCAUGUCCGCCUCCGCCGUCAAGGCUCCCGCCGUCAAGGUCUCCGGCCUCGGUUUCCGCAAGGCUGUGUCCGCGGUUGCGAUGCCCAAGGCUGCUGCCAAGCCCGUCCAGGCGCACGCGGCGUUCUCGGUGGUGUGCGGCAAGCCCGGCGCCAAGGCCAAGACCAACAAGUCCGCGGCCAAGCGCUUCAAGAUCACCGCUUCCGGCAAGGUCCUCCACAGGCGCCCCGGCAAGCAGCAUCUUAACGGCCACAAGACCACCGAGCGCAAGACCCGCCUCAGCGGCGAGCGCCAGAUUGGCGCCGAGCAGAUCCCCCUCGUGAAGGGUCUCCUCCCCUACUCCCGCAAGAGGAUCCGCUAAGCGCCGGGCAGACGGUGGCUCGCGCGCAUUAUUUUUUACCUAUAGGAUACGUAAAACUAGUGGGAUGGGGACGGACGCGCGAGGCUUCGCGCGUUCGUCGAGGCGGUGGGUGAUUUGGAGUGACUCGGAGGUGAAGUCAGCCGAGGACGCAGCCGGCAAAGAUGGAGUUCUUUCCGCUGCCGGAGCACGGCUCUGAUUAUCAUAUUCGUUCGGACGGCUUGAAGCGCUCGAGCCGUCUUGUAUAGUCUGAGAUAGAGUCGAUUGGUAAUAUCGAAGGCGUUGGCGC